UGGCUGCUAUCCGCUGUCUGAUCUCUGAUCGUCUGUUGAUUUAGUAAUGUCAGAUUCAGUGUCGUAGUUAAUUACUUUGUGUUGGAAUGUUUAUUUUUAUCUCAAAUAUUAUAAAAACCAAAAGGUUUACUCAAAUAUUACCACAGUAUUAAUACAAUAAUCGCAAUCAUUAAUGGCUGAAGUUAGAAACUCUAGUAACAGCGAUUUGGAGCAGUUUAGAGGUAUUCCUGACAAUAUAGAAAAGGACAUUUUAGAAGAUGAAGGUCAAAGAUCUGACAAGUGUUCUAGUCAAUCUGAAGACGAGGAAAUGAGCGAUGGCGAAAACCCAGAUCAGAUAAACUACUACAGAUCAGAAUCUAGGACUACUCAUGAAAAUGAAACUAGAACUGCAGAAAGCCAACCAAAAUUGAAUCAACCAAGUAGUUCGAAAGAAGUUGAUGGAAAACCAAUUCAGGAAAACAAUUCUGUGUGGCUACCGACCGUAAAAUCUGAGGUCAACGAGUAUCAAGACAAAUCCUCUGAAGAAGAUGAAGACAAGGAUAACAAUAGUCAGGAGGAUCAAGAGGAUGAAGAAGAAAAAAUGGAUGACGAAAGUUAUCCAGAAGAUGAGGAUGACACAGAGUUGGCAGCGUUCCAUUUGGCCGAAGUAUCGUAUGGUGACGAUGAACAGGAUUCUGAGAAAAAAGAAGGUUCAGCUGGAGAUUCUAGUGAUCAACCAGAAUACUUCGGUUAUCAGGACGAUGAAACUGGGCUGAGAGCAGAUUUGUUAUCGGAAUACAACAGUCCAAUGGCCGGACGUUACCUUACCUACCUUUGUCAAGUGUGCGGCGAACGAUCACUCGGAAAAGACACCUUCCUGGCUCACGUCCAGGUGCACGUCAACCUGUACGGAGAACACAACCGCGGUCUACGUCCUUACAGGAGAAUAAAAAACUCGAGCAAAAUGUACUUUGACUGUGUUAUAUGUGACUUUAAAACAAACAACAAAGACAUUUUGGCAAAACAUUUAUUGGACGAUCAUCCAGACCACUUCUCGUACGUUUGCCCCAACUGUGAAUUCAAGACUAAUAAGUACCUGAGACUGCGAGCGCAUUUGAGUAAACAUCACAACGUCUACGCUUGCACUGAGUGUCCGUAUAAAACGGAACGAGUGACGUACCUCAAGGAGCAUUUCCGAACACACACCAAGGAGAAACCGUUUGCAUGCAAUGAGUGCUCGUUUAGGUGUUCGUCAAAAAACAGUUUGGGUAAACACAUGCGUGUACACACUGGUGAAACUCCGUACCAUUGCACACUGUGUGAGAGAAAAUUCAAACAAUCCGGACACUUGACGGAACACAUGAGGCAACACACGGGUGAAAAACCGUUCCAGUGUCAUAUUUGCAACUAUCGCUGCGCGUACCGAGGACUGAUCAACAAACACUUGCGUACUCACUCGGAUGAGAAGCCGUUCCCGUGCACAGUGUGCGACUUCAAGUGUAAGUCUGCGUACACGCUCAAGUCGCACAUGCGAGCGCACACAGGCGAAAAAGCGUACAACUGCCAUUUGUGCAAGUUUGCGUGUAACAGUCGAUCGACGUUUAGAGAUCACGAGUACAAACACAACGGAAAGUUACCACCGUAUGUUUGUGAGGUGUGCAAUGCUCGGUUUAUUAGACUGAGAGCGCUGAAGAGACAUACAGGGGCUCACGAAAGACAAGCUCCGUCACUAGCGUGUACAGUGUGUGGAAAACUGUUUCUCAGCCGGUUGAAACUACACGAACAUUACACCACGCACCCCAGAGAAAAACAGAAACAGAGCUAACUGAUUUAACGGAAUUGGUGUAAAAGUAGAAAAAAUGUUUUAUAUAAAGAAUUAUCAAUACGUACUGAUUGUAUAAUAGUUGUGUGUGAAAGUAUAUUAAUUUACUUGUUUUAGUACUGAUUAACUUGUUAUUAAGAUGAGUAUCAUUCAAAUCAGUGUUUGUAUUAAUUUUUGGAUAUAGAUUUUUCUAUCCUGAGAAAAGUAUGCAGCUUUUUGAUCGUUUGAAAUUGGACCCAGCUGUCCUAAAACAUUGGGGUUUUAAUAUAUGGUCCUGGCUAAUGACACAGCUGAUUUUAGCAUCUUACCUUAUUUUAAACUCAUCCUUCACUCAUAUUUGGGUUAAAAUACAAGUCCUUGAAACUGGGAUGAAAAAUAUGCAACUUUAAGAUAGUUAUUAGUGAAUGAAAAAAAUUUCAUAAAGCUUUAUUUUAUGUGCUGCAAUUACAAAUAUUAAACCUUGAUCUGUUGUGCAAGUGGAAUAAUGAAAAAUUGCAUCACAUCUUAAAAAAACUUAAUUACCUACCGAUAUUUUAUAUAAUAAAUUUAAAGUAUACCACUAAUGACACAGUGCUACUUAUUAUUUUAAUGACACUAAGUAAUAUUAUUUAGAAUACCUCAUGGUAUAAAGUAAUUGUUGUUAUAUGCGUAGAAUUAAAAUUAGAUUAAUUAUGAAUUAAAUUGAGUAAAAGUGCAAAAUAUAAAAAUAAGUAACUAGAAUAAGUAACUUGAAUACUGCCCACAAUUAAUGUUGUAAAAUAAAGAAACAUGAACAAAUUAAAAUGUCUCUUUGGUUUAGGAUGUAUGUGGGUGCUAAGACAUUUGAAUUAUUAUUUUGCUAAACUUACUAGCAAUUGCAAUUUUUAAAUACUUUUCAGAAGUAUUAUCUCAUAGUAUUUUCAAUUACUAAACAUAGUUUUGUAAGGUACAACGGUAUUAAUAAAAAUUACUAACAUUUACAUCAGAUCUUUAUUUUGAGUUGAGCAUUAUAGUAAGCAAGGUUCUGUUUGACUUGUGCAGUAAAUAAUCUUUUAUAUUUGUUAAUUAAAUUUGUAAGUAAUUCAUUUAUUUUUGUUAAAAUCAAAUGCAAAAACAACUUGGCAAAUUGAAUUUUAACAUUGUAGGAAUUGAAAUUAUUGUCUAUUAUUUUAUAAUAUCUUAUUAGUUAGAAUUAUAUUUGUAUGUAAAAUCUCUGGCAAACCAUUAAUAAUAAAAGGUUCUAGAUUAUAAGUGCGCUUUUCAAAUCUCUUAAAUUUACUUUUUUUUAGGCUUAGGGUGGUUUGAUUUUACAGAUCUCAAAUAAAAGAGUACAUUGUUAAGACUAAAUAAAUAUACAAUAAAGUUACUUAUAAAGUUAGACUAUAUGUCUAACAAUUUAUACAUUUAAAUUAUUUAUUGUUUGUUAUGUUGUUUGAAUUUUAUUGUUCAUCAUAAUAGGGUUUUGGUUAAUCAUGCACAAAACAAUCCACCUAUACAGAAAUCAGUUACAACGAUCAUUGCUUUACCAGUUUUGUUUUAUUUAGAUAGUUUUUAUUAAAUGUGCUAAAAUAAUCUUUAGUAGCCCAGCUAAAGAUAGGAUUUUUUUAAUUGUAUGAUAACUUAACUUAUGUUUUAUUUUAAGAGUUUUAUUGUUUUUUUAGGUGAUAGUGUUUUUGUAUAUUUGUAAAUAUAUGUAAAAGCACAAAUAAGAAA